CACGGAUUGUAUUUUUAAUACACGUGUAUCGAAAACUUUACGUAAGAAACAAAUAACAAGACAGUGACAGAAAAUAGUUUGAGUGUUUUGGGGUUUCGUUUGUUAUCUAUCGUUUAUGUACUGUGAUUUGUGACUUUAAGAAAAAAUUUUCACGUGUCUAAUUAACAGUGGUAUUAGUUUGGAAACUAUUUAUUAAAAUAUUCAUGAGUGACAGAAAUAUUUGAAGUACAAAUUAACCGACAGUGAUAUACAAGGUGUGAAAACUUCAUUAGGAAAUGGUUUCCAUAUCGUUUCAAUUGAAUUUAAUAAUAAACAGUUUCUGGAUCAUCACAUUUUCAUCUUAUAUCACGUUUGCUACAUGAGACAGAGUCUUCUCAUGAACUUUGUCACCGCUGAUUUCCCUAGGGGUCGCUGUUCACCAUCUCCGAUUCUAUUUGCGUCGACCAUGCGCGAAAAAGAUUCCUUUCCAAGAAAAAUGUUGGUAGCUGCAGGAGGUCACAGUUCCCCCAAACAAGCCGCUAUCUAUCCUCUCUCCAUAAGAGUACCACCAGGAGAUGAAAUGCCUUUCGAUUUAUCGAGAAACACGAAAUCACCAGGACCUCACAUGUCACCGGCAUGUCAUCCGGCUCAAUCGCAAGACAACGAAGAACAACCACUAGAUUUAAGAGUAGAUCAUAAAAAGAUGUCGAUGAUGAUGUCCAGAAGACAAAUCGAAGACGAAAACAGAAACUUAGUAUCUCCAUCAUCUUUUAGUGUAAACAGUGAGAUAGACGAAGAAGCUAAAAAUAAUAAUAAGACAUUACCAAAGACUUCGAAUCAACAAUUACCUACUUACCCAAUAGUUUUUCCUCACCAAUCCAUACAUCCGAUGAUGUUAGAAGUGAUGUAUCGGGCGCAGAAAAACGAAAACCUUCCUAGAUUAUCCUUACCUUAUCCUAGCUCCCCCACGAACUGUAAACAAAGAUAUCCUUUCGUAAAUCCAGUGGUUCUUAGUCCUCCAAUCAAUCUAAUGCCUUUCGAUAUGAUGCGGAGCCAAACGGCGCAACCGCAGACGCCGAAAUUAUUCGAAACGUCGGGUACUAAACUUAAAGACAGGUACGCAUGUAAAUUCUGCGGAAAAGUUUUUCCGCGAUCAGCGAAUUUAACGAGACAUUUGAGAACGCACACCGGGGAACAGCCUUACAAAUGCAGAUAUUGCGAAAGGUCUUUUAGUAUAUCGAGCAAUUUGCAAAGGCACGUUAGGAAUAUUCAUAAUAAGGAGAAGCCUUUCAAAUGUUCUUUAUGCGAAAGAUGCUUCGGACAGCAAACUAAUUUAGAUAGGCACCUCAAGAAGCACGAAGCUGACGGGCCGUCCAUUUUAGACGAGAGAAAUCUACGGAAAAACCAAGUUACAUCGAGAAAUAUCAAUGAGGAUUCAUAUUUCGAAGAAAUCAGAUCGUUUAUGGGGAAAGUCACCGAUAAAAGGCUGUUACCUAAUUUCCCGAUGACGAUGCCAAAAUUUUUAGAUAAUAGUCAAUCGUACAAUGAAAAAAUUAACGAAAAUGAAAAAGAUAAUUUUUCAUCGGCGUCUUCUACUACAUCGGAAGUUUCUAAUAAAGAAGAUUUCGAUACGAAAAAUAAAAUUGUAGGGGAAAAUAUAGAAGAAAACGACGCUCCUAGUGAUAAUAACAAUAAUAAUACUUGAAAUUUUUAGUAUUCCAUUUAGGGAAUAGCGAAUGGUGUACCAAUUUAUCGGUCCACAAUCAAAUUUCUUGAAUGCGAGAACUCAAUAACAAACAUAACAUUACAACAAGACUAUACUCAAUACGAAGAUGAUCCCAGAAGUACCUGGUCCAACAAAGAAAACACAAAUAUUUCGAAAUAUUUCAACGUAAUCUCCUUCCAGCUUCAUAAAUUCGAUACCCUUUUCGUAAUACGAAUUGUCAAGUUAAUUAAAAUAGCCAUUAAAUGUCGAAAUCAUCUCUCCAUUUGACCACCGAACUAUUUAUUCAAGUCUAGGAACAGAAAAUAAUCCGAAAAGUCUAAAUCUAGCAAGCAAUUACUGCAUUCAUAUUUCGCACAGCUUUCUCGUGUCCAAAAUGUCAGAAUUCGCUCUUUUUGAAUGCCUAUUGUGUCUGCUAGUUCGUGCAUUUACAAUCGACAAUCAUCCAGUACCAUUUCGUGGAUUUUCUUCAACAUUUCUUGACUAUUAACCUCAUUUGGUCGACUACUGUGCUGCUGGUCUCGUCUCGUCUAAACUUUGCUACCCAAUAUUCCACAGUUGAUAACGAAGUUUCAGUCUCACCCAGAUUAGAAUCUAGUUCAACUUUAUAUUAAUUGAGCUAAUGCCUUUCAUUAUUAAUCAAACAAAUACUAAAAAAACGUCUUCAAACUUAGAAUAUAUGCUAUAUAAAUUAUGUAGUGGUAUUAACUACCAACAUCUCUAGAUCUGGGACCAUCCUCGUAUAAUCGUCCUUAUUUUGACACCAAGUGUCCUUGUUAUUAACUAAAUUUGCAGUUGAUAACUUGGUUAGACUAAGUCGAAUUCUAUGUCACGUAUGAAAUUAAACGUCUGAUGAUGAAAUAAUAAUAUACGAAACGAGGUAAUGACGGAAAAAAAGAGGAUUUAUGUUGGUAGAAAGAAAAAAAUUGUUUUGUAAUACAAUUAACGUGUCAAAAUUUAUAUAAAAUGAAAUGGUCUAAGGGUGGUUAUUACUCAUUUAAAAAUUUAACAAUUACAAUAUUUUAUAUAGAGAUAUCUAUUCGGUUUUAAUAAUGACCAAUAUUUUUAUGACCUAUCAAAGUGACAUCUUGUUGUUUAAAACGUUAUUUCUACGGGGUGGAAUACGUAUUGGAUGUUUAGAAAUUACCGAUGUUUAAAUACGGUUUUUUUCUCGUGUGAAUGUUAUUUUGUUUAACAUGAAUUUUAUCUCAAUAAAACCAAUAUUCCGUUAAAAUAUUUGGUAAAAAAAUUCGUGGAAAAUUUAAAUUA